AUGACCGAGGAUCAAAAGUACCAGGGGAUUCAUUACCGAGAGAAGCAGGACAAACCCCCGAAGAAGGGCCAGAAAGCCAAUGCUAAUCGACAGCCCCGCGUGGAGGAUGCGCCAGAUGUCGACAAUGCGCAGCGCAACCAGCCUCCCCCGCCGGCCCCCUCUCCCCCCCCCCAGCGAGUGAGGCCAAAGCUGUCUCGAACACACAAACCAGCGACAGCAAACCCAGUCUCCCUGGCGGACCCCAAGGAGCAGAUGAAGAUGGUUGUCGACGCCCCAUCGGUGUUUGAGACUAGUCGAGCCUUGGCCAAGCUGGAUGCAAAAACGGAUGACGAAGGAAACUACGACAUCGCUUUUGAGGAGAACGGGUUCUCCUACGGCGCUGAUCCCAUCCCCCCACCCAAGUACCCCGCUGAUGCGCCGAAUGUAUCGACGGAGUUCGUCACUCCUGCCCCUAAGAAUAAGAAGAAGGAUCGUCGCAAGGAAGAGAAGCGGGUUUCCACCAGCGAGAAGAAGCGCAAGCGUGGACAGGAGGAGACCUUCACCAGUCCCCAACAGGACUUUGAUACUCCCAUGCUGGAUGCGCCGUCCAGUGUCAUUAACAAUGCCGGUACCCCGAUUCUAAACCACUCUGGCUUGACAGGCGGCCUCAAUCGGAUGAUGCGUUCGCCGUCCCACGAGCUGGAUGAAUCUCCCGAGCUCAGUCGCCAGGCUUACAACGACGCCUCGUCCCCAAUCAAGCGCACCCGCCGCAACGGCAAGGAAAGCAGCGGUGAUCCAGGCCUAGGCAUCUCCAUCAAGAACCGAGCGGAGCGCCUCGUCUCCUCUAUGUUCGGCGGCUCCGUUGUCUCAACCGGGAGCAAUGGCGGUAACGAGGGGACCUCACGCGCCCUCGUUCGCACCCGCCGUGGCAGCUCCUCAAGCGUUGACGGCCAACUUGAGGUGCGCAAGAAAAAAUCGCACCGAUCACGCAACCCCUCCGAUGCACACGCUGAGCGCAAGUCCAAACGCAAGAGCAGCAACCCAACGGACGGCGACCGGCCGCCACGCCGACUGAAGCAGAGCGACGAACACCGUCGCUCUGACUCGCGCUCCCCACACCGCGACAGCCGCCAGGUCACUGUAUACAGACAGGCAAAGCCGCCUGCGCGCAGCGAAGACGUGUUGCAGCGUGAGAUGGCCGCCCAUUUCCUGUCGCUGGUGUCGCGGGAUACUGAGCGCGGAUGCUCGGUACACAAGGCGCUGAAGCGUUUCCACCGUGACUUCUCGGACGAGCAUGAUGCGGAUCGCGGCCGGGAUAGUGGGCGCAGUCGGGCAGAUCGGGAGCGGCGCUCGGAAGAUGAGAAAGAUUUAUGGCGUGCACUGCGGUUGCGCCGCAAUUCUCGGGGUGAGAUUGUUGUUUUUGUUUGA